ACAACGCCGCUUGAUGCUUCGUCUUCACAAGUGCGCUCGGUUAAUCGUUGUCUAUUUUCAAGAAUAGUGUUGCUAAUUAAAAAUUUCCCUAUUAUGACUAUCAUUGAAACGGUUCCCCACAUCAUUCUAUUGUGUAAAUGGCCGUUCGGCCAAUUGUGAACGUGGUCAACGUUAUUUAUUCAGCGAACGUCUGUCUGAGGCCUCGCAUUGAGAUCCAUCUUGCGCGCACCUCACUAAUGUCAGAGCCAGUUUACAUCAGUACAGUACACCAGCACCGUUUCUCUGUUGCCUGAAUAGAUGUUCUUCAAGCAGGCAAGCAAACAAUGUUUCCCGGGACGAUAAUAUCGCGCUUGAGACAGUUUCUUACUGGCGGCGGCGGUGAGGGGAAAGAUCGGCCGGCGGAGGAAGCCGGUCACUACAGGUCAAUGGCAAGCGGGGUAAAGCAAAAUGGUGCACAUCCGUACGCAAGCUCGACCGCGAUGGCAACAUCUUCAGGCAGUAACGUUCGGCGUCUGAGUGAACUCACCGAUAUCUCCCAGCUGAGCAAUGCUUACGGGAUUAACGAAACUACCGGAUCGUUCAGUUUGCCCCGUGCAGAUCCAGUCCGGCAGCAGGCGAGCAGCUCGCGUCCGAUGGCCAAACGAAGUAACAACGGUCCGCCGAUGCUGAUCCCAAUAAAAACAACGACAUCGUCAGCCGGCUCGAGUGUGGAGAGUGAAUAUCUACGCUAUACGCAAAGUUUGUUGGGGCAACAAAACGGCGAUGUGCCUACAUUGCGUCCCCUCGGUGGCCAGGGUAGCAGGGUGGCGAACACCGUCCCCGAGUUGACCAACGACUUCAGAAAUCUGCUGCGGACAAAGUACAGCAUCACUCCGCGCAGAACUCCGGACCAAUCGUCAAGCAACUAUCUUUCAGAACUCGACCGGGAGAUAAACAUCCAGCGUGAGGCGAGAAGAAAGUACGAAGAGCUGAUGAAAAAGUUUGUCGUGGUGAACAACGAUCCGCUGGCCUCGGGAAAUCUGAACCGGAGGAGUCUGAAUGGCAACAUCCAGCGACCAUCGAUGCGGAAAACAGUUUCAAUCGAAACUAUCGAACUUACCGAUGACGAGGAUGAUGACGAUAUUGAUGAUGAAGAGGGCAGGGGGGCCGAAAACAACAAGGUUGGACAGCUGUUUACCACGGUCGAUGCGCUGCAGUUAACUUCGAUGGACGAGAGAAGCGGUCAAGAGAGCCAACAAUCCCCAACGAAAAUGGUCAACAGCAUCAAGGAAAAGUUUGAAGCGAAGCCUGUAUUCCGGGACAACAUCAUACAGGACGUACAGAAGCGCUAUGGUUCCCUAUUUACCAGCCGCAAGUCAUUGAUCGAACAGGAGAAGGAACGGCUCAGCCGAUUUUCGAAGCACACUUCAGAACAGGAGGGCCAGAUGCGUAACAAAAUGCUCAACUAUGUUUGUAACUUCUACAAGUUCGAGGUACUCGACGAAGUGGAGAUCGAGGAGGCAGCCAAAGCCCCGAAAGAGGUUCCACUCCCGGCGCUCACGCAAGCCCAGGUGGAUCUGAUCCACCGGAAGGUGCGUAGCGGUAACGAGGUGGUGGCGGAUAAAUUUAACCUAAAGAUACGGGGCAACGAUCUCGUGACGCUCCAGGGAUCAAACUGGCUGAACGACGAAGUGAUCAAUUUCUAUAUGGAGCUUUUGCGGGAGCGAAGCGAGCUGAAGGCCGACCAGGGCCUUCCGAAGCUUUACACGAUGAACACCUUCUUCAUCCCUCGGCUUCUACAAGCGGGCCAUUCCGGGGUGCGCCGUUGGACGCGUAAGGUGGAUCUGUUGGCCUACGAUAUGAUCGUGGCUCCGGUACACGUAAACGGCAUUCACUGGUGCAUGUCCAUCAUCGAUCUACGGCAAAAAACGAUCCAUUACUACGAUUCGAUGGGAUCGCCGAACAAUGCCGUGCUGAACGCGUUGGAAAAUUACUUGCGAGAGGAGUCGCUCGAUAAGCGUAAAGCCCCCUUCGACACGAGUGGGUUCACGAAGGAAAACAUUCGCGACUGCCCUCGCCAGGAAAACGGUAGCGAUUGUGGUGUGUUUAGCUGUAUGUUUGCUGAAUUUCUUUCUCGCGAACAUCCGAUCACCUUCGAUCAGUCGAAAAUGCAGUACUUCCGGCAGAAGAUGACGGUGGAAAUCGUGGCGGGUCAGCUGCUCACGUAA